CAGAAGUGUUUAUGGGAGAACAAAAUGGAACACAUGGCUGUGAUUGUAGCCAUACAUUGUUUUGGCGUGCAGCGUCUAGCUUUAAUCGCAUCGUAAAUUAUUUAAUUACAGAUGAAUUAAAUACAUUUUUAUUUUAAAUCAUGAAUAUUAUAAAUGAUAAAAUUGGCGAGGAUGACAGGAAGAGCGUUAGAGAUAUGAUAUUUACUUUCCAAGUUUCCUUCUUCGCAAUGUGUCGAUUGUCUUCGUUUCCAUGGAAUACCCUUGAAAUGAAAUUACAGUGUGACGAAUCUUCUGACAUUAUCCUUGAAAUUCUGAACAAGACGUUUCUUCAUUCAAUAUGUCGAAAGACUCCCCCAUCUGUCAAGUACAGGCGACUCUUCCUCUCCGAAUUGAUUAAAAGGCAUGAAGCCACAACUACCGAACCACUGGAUGAACUCUACGAUGCUUUAGGGGAAGUUUUGGGUGCGGAAGAAAAAUCGGUGUGCUACAAAAGCUACUUACUGCCCUCCGGAGAUGCUGUCAGUCUUUCGGAAAGCAUGGCCGUCGUUUCCGAGGGAACCACAGGGCUGGUGACGUGGGAAGCGGCGCUCUACCUGGCAGAGUGGGCCCUGGAGAACCCGCAAGUCUUUGCAGACAGGAAUGUGCUUGAACUGGGUAGCGGGGUGGGGCUGACGGGCAUCGCCGUGUGUCGGUCCUGUGCCCCGCACCGGUACAUGUUCAGUGACUGCCACCCCAGCGUGCUGAAGCAGCUGCGCAAUAAUGUGCGGCUGAACGGCCUGUCGGUCAGCAGCGGCCCCCACGCGAGUGUUACAGUGGAGGAGCUGGACUGGGCCACCGUCACGGAGGAUCGGCUGCGGGAACUUCGUUUCGACACGGUCAUCGCUUCAGACGUGGUGUAUGACCCUGUUGUCAUUGGCUGUCUGGUGGGGCUACUGUACAAGAUUUUGAAUUGCACAGUCCAGGGGGGCAGCUGUGCAAACAUCUACAUUUCCUCCACCAUACGAAAUCCAGACACCUACAGCUGCUUCAAGACACAACUCGAAAGUGCUGGAAUCAAGCAACAGGUCAUCAGUGGUCCUGUCAAGCCAGUCUUCCCUUACAACAGGACCACUUCCAUUGAGAUAAUAAAACUGCAUUUAUAAAUGCAUAAUGUUUAUGCAACACAAUGCUUUAUAAUAAAGUAUUUACAUGAACAGUU